AUGGGUCUUUUGGUGAGAGUCAAGAACUUUCCUCUGCCACUGCUGGGCCUGGAGCUGCUUCUGCAGGAAACACAGGACGCAGAGCGGAAAAUUAAAGAAGCCUUUUCAGAGGAAGAGAUGGAAUAUGCCAUUGCAAAAAGUAGCCAAGAAAAACAGACUAUUGCCAGAAUAAUGAACUUGACCCUGUUAGAGAAAAAUGCCAGCAUCAGUCGGUCCAAGGGUAUGUUUUCCUCAUUAUAGACUUUCCGAAGGUUGCAUUAUGUGCUCAAGGCAAACCAUUCAGGGAAUAGCAGAGAGUAUGGUAAUACCACGGUGGCCUGGGGAAUUGUGCCAGAAGCUAAUGGAUCAUGCCACUUGAGAAAUAGCUUCAUCCAUGACUCCAGGGAAAGAAUCCAUGAAAUCUACAAGGCCCCCAGCUGCAAGUGUGAACUGAAUCUUGGUUUGAAUCGAGACAAUGUGGUAGAACCAACAAGCUGCCAUGAAAGCCCAGGAAAACAGUUGCCCAGAUGCCAAUACAACAGUGUUCCCUUGUUAAAGAAAAUGCUCACCAUUCUGACAGGCCAUUCUCUAAUGAGCUGCUUAGUCAGUGUCUCCAAGUUAUAA